AUGAAGACCAGCAUCCUGCUUUUGUGCUUUUGGGGGUUAUCCUGUGCUCUCCCAGUAACCAGAUAUCAAAAUACUGAAACUGAGAGCUCUGAAGAAUGGAAGGGUCAUUUGGCUCAGUCACCAACACCACCCACGGAGAACAGUGAGUCAUCAGAAGAAAGUAAAGUUAGCUCAGAGGAACAGGCAAAUGUGGACCCCAGUGACAGUGCUGAGCUGGAGGAUGACCUGGGCUCUGAUGAUCGUCAGUAUGUUUAUAGACCAGCUGGUGGCCUCUCUAGAAGUACAGGAAAAGAAGAGGAUAAAGAUGAUGAUGAAGAUGAUAGUGGAGAUGACACCUUUGCUGAUGAGGACAAUGGCCUGUGGCCUGAGGAGAGAACAGGAGGUGGAAUCUCCAGAGCUGAUGGUGAUGAUUCUGCUGAUGCCACACGAUCCAGUGAAGAUAGCACCUCACCAGAAGACAGUGCCCAGGACACCACCAGUGACAGCAGGGACCUUGACCACGAAGAUGAUGUAGGCAGCAGGGCUGAGGGACGUGACUUUACUCAGGAGAGUGAGAGUGAGGAGGACUGGGUGGGAGGUGGCAGUGAGGGGGAGAGUAGCCAUGGGGAUGGCUCUGAGUUUGACGAUGAAGGAAUGCAGAGUGAUGACCCUGACAGCACUAGGAGAGAUAGGGGCAACUCCAGAUUGAGCAGUGCUGGUGUCAAAUCAAAAGAAUCAAAAAGGGACAAUGAGCAGGUAAGCGUUCAGGAUUCUGGUGAGAGUCAAUUAGUGGAGUAUUCCAGUAGGAAGUUUUUCAGAAAGUCCCGGAUUUCUGAAGAAGAUGGCGGAGGUGAGCUCAAUGGUGGCUACACAAUGGAAGAAGUCAAGAGUGACUCCAACUCUAAAGAAGCUGACCUCGGCCAAUCCAGGGAAGAUAGCAAGAGUGAGUCUCAAGAGGACAGCAAGGAGAGUCGGUCUCAGGAAGACAGUGAAAAUGCACAGGACCCCAGCAGUGAGUCCAGCCAGGAGGUUGACUUGGCCUCUCAAGAAAGCAGUAGUGAGUCUGAGGAAGAGGUGGUGAGUGAGUCCAGGGGCGACAACCCAGAUAAUGUCAGUCGUGCAGGCGACCAGAAAGACAGUGACUCCAGCCAGGAGGACAGCCUGAAUACCUUCUCCAGUUCAGAGAGCGAAUCCAGAGAGGAGCAAGCUGACAGCGAGUCCAAUGAGAGCCUGAAACUCUCAGAGGAAAGCCCAGAGUCCACCGAGGAUGAGAACAGUUCCAGCCAGGAGGGCCUCCAGUCUCAGAGCACCUCAGCAGAGAGCCAGAGUGAUGAGAGCCGGUCCGAGCAGGACAGCCAGUCUGAGGAGGCGCCUGACAGUGAUUCUCAGGACAGCAGCAGAUCAAAAGAAGACAGCAACUCCACUGAGAGCACCUCAAGCAGUGAGGAGGAUGGCCAGCCCAAAAACAUGGAGGUGGACAGCAGAAAGUUAACAGUUGAUGCUUAUCACAACAAACCCAUCGGGGACCAAGAUGACAAUGACUGCCAAGAUGGCUACUAG